GCUGUAGUGAAUGAGGAUACACAGGGAAAUCUGAUGUCUCUACAAGCAGAGAUCCGACGUCUGAAGGAGGAAAACCAACAACUAUUGUCAGCUAGAGGGGAUGCUGCUUUAACAGGGUACUGUACAGCCACAAUGUCCUAAAGGCCAAGAAGCUGGUUCGUCUGUAUGGAAGGAGAGAUUUGUGAAUGCCAUGAUGCUGAAGGAGAAAUCAGAUGUAGACAAGAGGCCUCUGCAAGAAAAGAUCCUGAAGCUUGAAGAGCUCUGCAAUAAAAAAGAUAAAAUGUUACAGUCAACAAAAAUGAUAAUAAAGUUUCGGGAAAACCAUAUCUCAAGACUGGAGAAGACCGUCAAAUCAAAGGAAGGAUGGGAGGAUUCAGAAGAACAUGCUGCUGAUUUGAAAGCAGAAAUUUGCAACUUACAGGACAAAUUAGAACACAACCCUAUUGUGACUAAGUAUGCUAUGGAGAUCCAGCAUCUCAAGUCAGAGUUGCAGCAAUAUCGGAUGAGUGACAAUAACCAAGGGAGUACCUUAACAAGCAACGAGCGUAUGAUGGAGUUGGAACGCAUGUAUUUUGAUCUGAUGGAAAAACAAAGCAAUGAAGAUCCGGAGCAGGAAUAUGUCGGGACACCCACACGCACCCCAGUGGCUGUCGACAAUAUUGCAGUGGCUACCAUAGAGAAGAACAAGUCCCUGGAGGCACAAGUCGCUACACUGAAACAAACACUGACAGAGCAGAAGGAGGCUGCAGAGAAGAGAGAGAUGGAGCUGGAGUCUGAGGUGGCUUCACAGAAAAAGGCCAUCACAGAACUGACGAAUGUUUUGGAGGCUCAACAGCUGAAGAGCAAGCUAGAGAGGGAUGUCCACUUCCAAACUGUCCAGACCAUCACUACACCGAACAAGAUAAGAUACAACCUCCGCAGCCACACCCACCUUAACUCUUCUAGCAGUGUCAAGCUCAACCUGGACAAUAGCAUAGAAGUUGAGGAUCUUGGUGAUGACUUGUUUGCCGAAACUCAGCCUCCAUUCAUGAUGCAGCAGGCCAAUGAAUCCCUUAGGGGUGAAGUGGAGCAACUUCAGAGCUCUAUCAACAACAUGACGGAGAGAAUCGAUGAAUAUGAGUCUGAUGCUAUCAAACUGAAGCAACACAUCUCAAAAAUUGAUCACCAGAACGCUCAACUCACUGAGAUCCUGCAGAGAGAGAGAAUGGAAAGGACGUCAACUGGUGAAAAGUCAGAUUCUGAACUCGUGGAACUCCGCAGAAGGUUAAAGGAUGCAGAGAGAAACUUGACAUAUUUUAAAGAGGAAGCCGAGGAUUUAAAAGUUGUUCUGCAGUCUUCUGACAAAGAACUAAAAGAUUUUAAAUCCAAAAAGACAGAGGAAGAAGAUCAAUAUCAGAAAACCAUUGGGAAUUUACAGACUCGACUGAUGCAGAUAGAAAUGGAGACGAGUAAAAUGUCUCAGGAAUACGAGAGUGUUAGUGAGGAACGGGAUAUUCUUCUGCAAGACUUGGAGACUGCACAGGACACAGUGACAUUCAACGAGAGCCUGGUGAGAGACCUCGAGAAACUCUUACUGGAGGGUAAGGAGAGGCUCGAGGAAGUCCAGUCGCAGCUCGAGAUGGUGACUAAGAGUUUAGCCAUUGAGAAACACAAUCAUGACCAGCUGGUGAGCCGAACACAAUUGGAAGGAGCCGCCCAGGAAAAAGAAAACCUGCAGCUUCUUCAGGAGAAUGAGUUACUACAGUCAGAAGCGGAGGUAGCCAGAUUGAAAAUCGAACAGCAGGAUAAAACUAUACAGAAUCUGAAGGGUAGUACAGAGGCCGCUCAACACAUCAUCUCCACCCUACAAAAACAACAGGAGCAGAACAAGGAAGCUGUGGCUGGUUACAUGUCUCGUAUCGAGGAGCUAAGAACUGGCCCUCAACCUGGAGACCAACAAACUGCUGGACCAGACACAGCAGUGUCAGAGUCUAAACAGAAAGGUUGAGGAACAAUCCACAGACCUGAAUACCAGAGAACAGGUCAACAAAGAACUGCAGGCCAAACUGGAGGCUCAGGUCAAUUAUCACAAUGCUGAGAUGAGCAUGAUGAAGGAAGACCUGGACUGUAUCACAGAGGCAAAUGACAAAAUCCAGGAGGAGUACGCUAAUACCCAGGCUGAACUGGAAUCCAUACAGAGGAAAUGUGAAACAUUACAGGACACAAUAAAAGCCAAGACAUCUCAG